UAUUUUUUGGACAUAAACAAUAACAGGACCAAGUGACUGGAAAUUCAUGAACGACAAAGUCAAGCCCAAGUUGCAAUCGGAACACGAAGCAGGCUACAAGAUUGUGUUUUUCACCAACCAGCGCGGCAUGGAGAAGGAUCACACCUCGCCAGAUGGUUGGAAAGGGAAAGUCAAAAAGAUCAUCAAUGAGCUGAAUAUUCCAGUUCAGGUCUUUGUUGCUACGGGCGAAAACGACAUGCGUAAACCGGGCACCAAAAUGUGGGACCUGAUGGUGAAAGACCACAAUAAAGGCAUCAAGCCCGACAUGUCGGAGUCCUACUACGUUGGCGACGCGGCCGGCCGAGCCAAGGAUUGGGCUCCGGGCAAAAAGAAGGACUUCUCAUGUGGAGACCGGAUGUUUGCGGCAAAUGUGGGCAUCAAGUUUAUGACACCUGAGGAGUAUUUUUAUGAUGAGAAGCCCGCCCCUUUCAGUUGGUAUUCCAUCGAUCCGGCAGAGGUGAUCAAGACUUCAAAGGAGAAGCGCAAGGAUAGUUAUCACUCAAAGGACAAGGAACUGAUCAUCAUGGUUGGCAUUCCUGCAUCGGGCAAGAGCAGUUUUGUCCGGAAGUAUCUCCUGCCCCACGGCUAUUCGCACGUCAACCGUGACACGCUAACCCCAGCAAAGUGCAUUGCGGCGACGAAGGAAGCCAUCAAAAGUGGGAAAAGCGUGGUCGUGGACAACACGAACCCUUCAAAGGCAGCCCGGUCAGAUUACAUAGAUCUCGCCAAGAAUGCCAAGUACAAGGUUCGCUGCUUUGUGGUGGAUACCCAGGAGAUAGCCCACCACCUGAACUACAUGCGGCAGACGCAGACCAACGGCAAAGUGCGCCGCAUCCCCAAGGUCGCCUACAACGUCUACAAGAAGAACUACGAAGAGCCCCAGAAGGCCGAGAAGAUUGACGAGAUUGUUAAGAUCCCGUUUGAGCCCACGUUUGAGGGAGCUAAAGAUAAAGAGCUGUUCCUGCAGUGGACUGGGGAAUAAGGUAAUAAGAUCGUGGGCAAUAGGCUGUGUCUGUGGCUGCGGCUUGCCAUUACACGUUUGUCUAUGGACAGUGAUGAAAGUGACUUAAGCCGCUUCCAAUAGACAGUACAUUACUGUCAGUCGUAGCCAAGUAAUUCAGACAUAGCCAUAGUUCCAUGGAAGCCAUGGCCAUUCACUAGAUGCUGGAAUUAAUGUCCUGCCAAUAGUUUCUAACAGUGUUGUAGUACUCAUACUUGGUACUCGUACUCGAGUACUACUCGAGUACUUUUUUCAGAGUACUCGUACUCGAAUGUCAAAGUACGCGUACUCGACAUGUCGAAAUU